AUGAAUUGGCUUGGCCUCCUCGUCCUGCUGACUGUGGCCAGGGUGGCACAGAGCAUCCAGUACACCUGCGGAGGGACCUGCGGACUCCGAGCUGUUCCAUCUGCCUAUCACCCCACAACUAAUUCCUAUGGCAACGUGGCUUAUGACCCCAGCAUGAUACGUGUCGUGGGUGGCACAGGAGCCAAGCUAGGGGCCUGGCCCUGGAUCGUCAGCAUCCAGCACCCCUGGAUACCACGCCUGAAGCAUCUGUGUGGAGGGUCCCUCAUCAGCAAACAGUGGGUGCUCACAGCAGCCCACUGCUUCGAAGAGGUCACGGAAAUCAGCAUGGUGUAUGUGGUGAUUGGGGCCACCCAGUUGACUAAGCCAGGCCAUGGGGCACAAGUGCGCCAUGUCAAGCAGGUGCUGAUACACCAAUACUACCACCAUGAUGACAUGAGCUACGACAUUGCCCUGCUGGAAUUGGACCAUCCUGUCCAGUGCAGUCCCUACAUCCAGCUGGCCUGUGUGCCUGACGCCACACUGAGAGUGUCAGAGCUGCACAACUGCUGGGUGGCUGGCUGGGGUGCCACUGCUCCAAGAGCUCAAGGAUCAAGUGAUCACCUCCAGGAGGCCAAGGUCCAGCUCAUCGAUCUGCAGCUCUGCAACAGCACUGGCUGGUACACAGGGAAAAUCCACACCCACAAUGUGUGUGCUGGUUACCCACAGGGCACCAUCGACACCUGCCAGGGUGACAGCGGUGGUCCUCUCAUGUGCCAAGAGGAAAACAGCAACUACUGGUGGGUCAUUGGAAUCACCAGCUGGGGAAAAGGCUGUGCCAGAGCAAGGCAGCCUGGAGUCUACGUCUCCACUCAGUACUUCCAUGACUGGAUCCUAUUCCACAUGAACCUGAGCCCAGAUGGAAGUUCCUCUCCAACAUCUCGGGCAUGUAGUCAUUUUCUGAUUACUUCACACCCCUGGAGUCAUUAUAUUCCCACCCCACAAACCUCUCUGAAGCCAUGGCCAAGACCAACCCCCUCUCUAAAACCAAUUCUAGUACCAACACUGGGCAAAGUUAACUCCUGCUCAUUUCCCAUCAAGAUUCUGAUGGAAUUCUUUACUCGAGUGAAGGAACUCCUCCAGCAGACCUUUGGUCAAAACACAUCUUGA